GAACAUUCUUGAGGAGGACAAUGAAUUUGAUAUACUGAGAUGGUGGAAGCUUAAUGGUGAGAGGCUUCCUAUCCUAUCUAAGAUGGCAAGAGACAUUCUUGCUGUUCCUAUUUCCACAGUAGCAUCUGAGUCCACUUUUAGUACAAGUGGAAGAGUGUUGGACUGUUUUAGGAGUUCUUUGAGUGCCAAAAUUGUAGAAGCACUCAUAUGUGCUCAAGAUUGGUUGAGGAUGUCAAACCAGCCUGUGUCAGUUGAAGAAAAUAUUGAGGAGGUAGAAAGGCUGGAAACAGAAUUAACUGAUGGAAAUGUUGGUGGAGGCUCUUCUCUUGAUAAGAUAGAACAAAAUCAAUGACUGUUCGGUUGAUGAUCUGCGAAAUUGAUGAAACCUGGAAUUCUGGAAACACUCUAGUAGACUAGUAGUCAAGUAGAUGUCAAGAGUCAAGAUCUGAAGACUUGUACAUCAAUUGAAUGUUGUUAAACUUUUUGUUGGUACUUGCUGUUUUGGAACAUUUGAUUGCUCAAACUCUAAAUGUUAAACUGCUUUGUGCAUAAGCAGUAUAACUGUGUAAGUGUUAAUGUAUGAGUGUAUAAGUGUUAAGUG